AUGAAGCUGAUGCAGGUCUCUGGUGAACUCGCGCACCGGCACUACGGAGAGCAUGAGGGCAAACCCUUCUUCACGGAUCUCGUUCAGUUCAUCACGUCGGGGCCGAUUGUGGCCAUGGUCCUAGAGGGCGAGAACGCGGUACAGCUCGUUCGCGCCACGAUGGGGAACACCAACCCGACCGAAUCCGCUCCCGGCUCAAUCCGCGGUGACUACGGCAUGACGAUAGGGAUGAAUCUCGUGCACGGGUCGGACUCGGACGAGUCGGCGGAACGCGAGAUCGGGCUGUUCUUCUCGGAGGACGAGGUGCUGACCUACGAGCGAUGCAUCGACUCGUGGGUCAUUGAAUCCUGA